CUUUGCAAAAACAUGGACAUCCAAACAGUCAUCUAAUACGACCAUGUCAUCCACAGCUCUGCAAUCCAUCAGCAUCUCAUGCGAAGAAGGCCUUGAUGGCGUUGAUGGAUCAGCUAGAUUCUCCUUCUGCCCUUCUUGCUCAGCUCUUGCUUCAGUCAGUGGUCCCAUUGCAGCCCGCCUAGCUGCUGAGCACCCUGCUCGCGCAACCGUCGAAGUGCACGUCCGUCCGCUCUCAUCAGUGCCAGGAACUGCAGAGAAAUCUCGUGGAAUGGCCAUACGAGAGAUCGUGGAACGCUCGUGUCUUCUUGCACAACAUCCUCGCACUCUCAUUCAGGUUGUCGUUCAAGCUUUAACGAACCCGACCCCCGGUUAUGCCCUUCUCGCAGCCGAAAUCAAUGCAUGCACACUUGCUCUUAUUAACACCGGUUCAAUCGCGAUGCGUGGAGUGGUUUGCGCGGUUUCUGUCCGUAGAGUGAAGAAGGGGAGCGUGGUUUCUGUGGAGGUUGACAUAGCCGAUGAUGCUGUACGUGAGGGAGGACCGAUAAAAGGAAGUGUACCACCCUGUGAAGAUGUUUGGUCAACUUACAGCGCUCGCCCUGGGUCAUCUUUUGAUCAGGCUGAGCUUGUAAGGGCUAAAGAGGUGGCACGGGAAGCUGCAGCGGAGGUGUGGCAAUGCAUGAAAAAUAACAUACCCCAUCAAAAAAUGGUAGGAGAGACACAGUCACCAGAAGAAGUCGUUGUCAAGAUGGAAAUAUAAGUGCCGUCGGACGAAGGGCUGUACAUAGAAAUUACUUCAUAUCCAAUUAGUGGCAUUGACUUGAAAAGCUGCAUUCAUUGCAUCCUGUCAGCUUUGCGCUGCACGCCUACUCCUGUGAUUGUGACAUCUUUAGCCCGCGGCGUUUGUUGCACAGGGAUAAUAUUAACGCCAUUCGUGUAACGACUGCGGGUGCCGUAUUUCCACUGCUUUGAUUGUCCAUCAACUGCAGUCUGCCAGGCAUGCUAAGCGUUUCAC